GAUGAACGGGAUUUAGUGUGUCUAAUCGAUACAGGAGCAGCGGUAUCGUUAAUAGGCAAAGAGCAAUGUAAGACAAUCAAGCCAUGUACAUUAGCUGUCCACACUAUAGGAGGGCACAUGUUAGAGGUGUUGGGGGUAUCUAACAGUAUUGUAAAAGUGGGUGGAGCUGAGAUAAAUUUUCCGUUGGUGGUAACCACAAGCUUAUCGAGACCGAUAUUAGGAGCAGAUUUCCUAAGAGAAGUAAAAGCGAUCAUUGACUUAAGAAGCGGUAAGGUGGUCACAAAGUAUGGUUCAUUGCCAAUACACGAAAGUAGCGAAGUGGCUGAAAUAAGAGUGGGAACGGACGUCUCGACGGAGAAACCAAACAUUAACGAGUUAUGCAAAAAGUAUGCGAAACUGUUCACUGGAGAUGGGGAGCCAUAUGGAUUUUGUGACAAAGUAAAGCAUGAAAUCCCGAUAAAAAACGACCGAGUAAAUAUAUUUGCAACACGUCGUGUCCCGGUGCAUUUAGAGGCCGAGGUAAAUCGACAGGUGCAGGAAAUGUUGAAAGAAGGUAUAAUUGAGGAAGCGGACAGCCCAUAUAGCUCACCGGUACUCUUGGUAAAGAAACCCAACGGAAAGUAUAGAUUUUGUGUCGACUUUAGAGAACUGAAUAAUAUAACAGACCUAAAACCUUGUGCAAUGCCAACAGUGGUGGAAACAUUAGAUCGGCUACAGAAUGCCACGGUGUUUACAGUGCUGGAUUUACGGUCAGGUUAUUGGCAAUUACCUAUAAAAGAUAGCGAUCGCAGCAAGACAGCAUUUACUGUACGUGAUAAACAAUACCAAUUUAAACGAAUGCCGUUCGGGUUGGCGGGUGCACCGUUUACGUUCAGAAGACUAAUGACGCUACUGCUCAAGAAUCUAGAUAAUGUCGAGGUAUAUGGCGACGAUGUAGUUGUAUACAGUCUGACAGAAACAGAUCACGUCAAGCAUGUGGAAGCAAUCUUAAAGCGAAUUGAUGAAUUUGGACUUCGAAUUAAUAAGGAAAAGUCGCAGAUAGCGAAAAACAGCGUCACAUUGUUGGGACAUAAAGUGGGAAAUGGAGAAAUAAAACCAUUGCCGGAGAAAAUUAUUACCAUAAAAAAUAUUGCAGUACCUAAUUCGAAAAGGAAGUUGAGACAGUUCCUGGGAAGAGCGGCGUUCUAUAGUCGGUUUGUCAAGAAUUUCAACGAAAUAGCAGCACCCUUAUAUAAGUUGCUGAGCAACACCAAGUUUACGUGGACUGAGACUGCCGACCAAACCUUCAACCGAAUCAAAAACAUGCUAGACGAUCGUCAGAUGACGCUGCGACUGCCUGAACCCGGGAAACUAUUUACAGUGGCCACAGAUGCAAGUGAUCAUGGUAUAGGUGCUGUAUUGAGUCAGGCUGAUAGAGUGGUGGAAUAUGCAAGUCGCGUCCUCACACCCGCUGAGCAGAAGUAUUCAACGAUCGAAAAGGAGUGCCUGGCAAUAGUUUGGGCAGUGGGAAAAUGGAGACCGUAUCUGUUAGGAAGACGAUUUCACAUUGAGACUGACCAUAAACCCUUGCAGUGGUUGAAAACAGCAAGAGACCCCCGAGGGAAGUUGGCGCGAUGGAUGAUACGUUUGCAAGAAUACGACUUCAGUAUCGGCCAUGUUCCAGGAAAGGAAAACGUAAUGGCGGAUUACUUGUCAAGACCAGACAUGGAAGCUGACCUUCCUUUGACAGCAUACGCGGUGAAUAGUUUAGAGGGAGACCCAUUAGAACUCGUCCGGCAGCAGAAAUCUGACCCUAGCCUUCGAGAUGUAAUCAGAGUGAUGAAAGAGGGAGCAGACGUAGAAAAACGAACAAUGGACAAGGAGGUACAAAUGCUACUUCGGCAAAAGGAACGACUGAGAUUGAACGCAUAUGGAGUCCUGACCUGGCAGGACGAUGACAAGAAUUGGGUGGCUGUAAUUCCGAAAGACUGGCGGCGUAAGAUGAUACACGAGUGUCACCAGGUAGCACAUACAGGCAUCGCAAGAACGACGGACUUACUACGACAAAGUGCAUACUGGCCGGGCAUGAGAGACGAUGUGGCUCAAUACGUGUUAACUUGCCAGCAGUGUCAACUAAUGAAAAGCGAUCGAUACACACAACCGCCAUUACAGUCAAUCCCAGUAACCGCAGUCGGUGAUCUAUGGUCGGUGGAUGUGAUGGGACCGUUCCCACAGACGGCGAGCGGUAAUCAGUACCUGCUAGUGAUGACGGAGCAUGCUACACGUUGGGUAGAUGCCGUACCCAUUGCAGACCAGCGGGCAAGAACAGUGACCGAAGUGGUAAUCCGGCAUAUUGUAGCGUGUCACGGAAUACCGAAGAUGAUAUUAACUGACCAGGGUCCCUGUUUUGAAAGUGACGAGUUUAAAGCCCGUCUAAAGCAGUUUGGCAUCAAGAGGAUACGAACUACACCGUAUCAUCCUCAGACAAACGGGCUUACAGAGAGAAACAACCGGACAUUAAAGGAAUGGUUAGCAUCUAAAGGAGGAGAUUGGGAGAAAGAGUUACCAUUGAUUUUGCUGGCGCAUCGUUCCUCCAUACAAGGAACAACCAAGAAAUCACCUUUUUUGCUCAUGUAUGGCAGACAACCACGACUUCCAAUGCACAACAAGACCUGGCCACAACAACAGAAAUGGACGACAACAAGGUUAAGAAAAGAGAGGAGGGAGGCAAUCAGGAACGUGGAAAAGAAGCAAAUAUCAGACAUAAAGAAGGCGGAACAACAGAGGAGAAUGUGGAAACCUUUUGCAGUGGGGGACCUAGUAAAGUGUAGAGAACGGAAAAGUAGCAUGACAGGGGGAUCAGGGUCGGGAAAGCUGAUCCCAAAGUGGGAAGGACCGUACGUCAUCACGGAGAGACGCGGCGCGGUUUACACAAUCCGGAGAGAAGACAAGCAGAAGCGCGUAAAUGCUAGUCAAUUGCAGAGAUGGUUUCAAGAUCGCCAAAUGUGUGAGUCGCGAAAAACACCAAGGAAGACAGGCGUACGGCGAUCAGAAAGACUACGACGACAGCUUAUUAAAAGGGGGGAGGAGUGUGGUGCGCGCUACUUAUAUUGAGAUAAUAAGUAGUAUAUAACGCGAGUUUCAAACGUAAUGGCUGGCUGCAGAAGAUGGGGAAAAAUCAAGAGAGGAAGAGCGGCAACACAAUGGAAUUUGUAUGGAAAAACAUGAACAAUGAAAUGUCAGUCAAUGGAUUGAUAUUUGAAACAGGAACAGUUCAGUUUAAUAUGAAGGAUUAAUAUUUUGCAAAUUAACGAUUUAAUAUAUGGUUUUUCUAUUUUACCAAUUAACUCUGUAAUUUGAGCUAAAUAUAAUUCGGUUGUCCUC